AUGUUCCUCCGCCUGAAAGUCAACGGACCGCUCGGAUGGGACGACACUGCGUGCGGAAUUGCGACAAUCUUUGGCGUGACGCAGUCGUGCGUUACUCUUGCCGCCGUCCACGAGGGCCUUGGACAUACACAAGACAACCUUUCGACCGAGCAACUCGACCUAUUAUUCAUCCUCUUCUGGAUUGGCAACCAGUUCUACAUCGCUGCCAUGGCCUGUGCUACGCUCUCAAUCUCGCUACUCAUCUGCCGAAUCGCGUGGGCUCGGCACCAUCUCGUCCUAGGCUACUCCAUAGCUGGUGCCAUCGAAUCCUACCGCCAAUCUGAAGCAGUGAGGAGGAGAUCAUUGGAUGAUGAGGAAGAGGGCAAGGAGCGUGCGAGAGCGACAAUUCAGCAGACGACCGAAGUUGAGGUCUAUUAUGAGAAAGCCGGCCCUGCAGGGAAUUAA